UAGGGGCAACAAGUGUGGGCGGUGAGAGAGUGGAGCAGCAGCAGCGGCAAUAGCAGCAGUAGAAGCAGUAGAAGCAGUAGAUAGCAGCAGCUGCCCACUGCCCCCCCCACCCCACUGUACACCCACCCACUGCAACACAACACAACACGACCUCAAUCCACCAAACACAGCUCAGCCGGGGAGACAAAAGCUGCAUUUUAAAGUAAUCCAGGAAAAAGUGCAAUGAGUUGGUCACACACAUCCCUGAGAGAAUGAGGACGCAGGCAAUGAGUGAGCACAGUUAAAAGUUGCUGCUCCAGUCAUAUGUAACGAGGCCCCAUUGAGAUUACUGUGGACUUUGGAAGAAAAACAUCAUCUGACUGGUGAUUUUUCCAUUGACAGCCUCUGUCAUGAGACUCUCACCAAAUCAAGCACCGUUGUAUGGGGAGUCUGUCCUGUCGGUGCUCUUGGGUGAGGAUGAUGUAGCGGUGAAAGACGAUGUAGCCCUCUACCUCAUGUUCUCCGGCUCCAGCCAGCAUCACUUAACCAGCACACAGCGAGUAGACACCAACAUGUUGCAGACUGUCGCUCCCGCACACAACUGUUGUGAGAUGGUGAAAGUUUUGCUGUACGCCUCGAAGGAAGGGGUUCCUGUUUCUGUGGUGGCGGAAGAGAAUUUCCAGUACGUGCAAGAUCCCACCUACGAUAUGGCACGCUUCCUGGUGAGCAGUGCUGGCUCCCAAGAGGCACUCAACGCCAUCAGGAUCAUGGACAACUUCCGCAUGUCCUCUGCCGACGUGACUCUGCUCGAUAAAGAUCUGACCUUAAAGGUGCAACAUUUGGUGCUGCCUUCCAAUUGGAAUGUCCUGGGGCCAGACAUCAACCUGCAAGCUUCGAUCCCUCGGGAGACGUUAAUGCAUUUCACAGCAAGACUGGGUCUGUCCCGGCUGGCCUCGUUCCUGCUGCAGCAGCCAGGUGGACAGGAAGCGCUUGGUAUUCCCAACCUGGAUGGCGCCACGCCCAUCAAUCUCGCAGCUCAGAGGGGCUUCCGUGGUCUGGAGCAGCUUUUUGCACAACAAAACCCGGCUGCAGCGUUGCAGGAGGAUGUAACACCGAUUGUAUCCUCCGAAGAAUGCUCUGUGCGCUUUCAGCAGCAUCUGAAUGUUUACAUGUACACCAUCAAUAACCCCCAGGGAGCAGAGCUCAACAGCAUGGAGCACAACAUCAGUGAACUGCAGAGAUACAUGCACUCUCACAGGCACGAAAUGGAUGCACUUCCUAUACCAUCCCUCCACUCACAGCCAGGGAUCUCAGUGCCUGUUGAAUGCUUGAGAUCUGAAGAGAACAAAGCGGAUUGCAAGUCCGAAGCCAUCUGCCCGAUUGCACAAAAGCUGUUGGAGAUACCCGUUGAACAAUCAGUUGGUGUGUCACCAGAGGAACGCACACUAGCUAAUGCAGAGUUGGAAACCAUUCGGUGUCCGGAGUCAACAUUGGCCAAUGAUCAAAAAAAUAUCACUGAAGUGAAUAUGGAGGAUGAAGCUACAUUCACUCUGCCAGCGGAAGGAUCUAGUUAUCCAGUGGAUUCCGAGAAACCACUAUGUAACCUUGUGAAGGACACGUCUGACAGCGAAUGUGAUCAAAGCAGUCCAUCCUACAAUAGGGAACAUGAGGGAAUUUUAGAGUCAACUGAGGAAUUGCAUCCCAGCCAAGAGUGUGCCCUCAAAUGCGACCUUCCCAAAAUGCUCCCGGACAGGAUGGUGAUUGGAAAUCCUGAUGAAGGGACACUAGACUCUGAGAAAACUCUCCUUUGCACGGAGAUGGAGACUGCUGCCUCUGAGAGAAUGAAGUCGGAAGAAGCUGAAGAAUGUGCUGUGUUCGCCGCCACUGAAAGUGCUCCUGCUGAUGGGCAUGUGGAGGGGGCGGAUUUUCAAGGUGAACAACUGUACAAUGAGAGCACUCCAUUCACUGAACUGCUGGAGGAAGCAACAGUGGGUUUGGAGCUUGAGGACAAUCGUCCCCAUGUGGGGGCUGAGGUUUCUCAAAUGCACGCAACAAAUGAAGUGAAUGUUGGAGCAGGCUGUGAGGUAAAGCCCGACGUUCUUGAUGAGGUGUGUGCAGCUCGUGUGGACUCCAUUUGUCAUUCAGAUGAUGAGUGUGAAGGAGUACAUCACCGAAGGACUGAGGGGGAUGAGACUCCACCGAAUCCAGAGCUGCCUUGUUCUUUAAACACCGUUGAGUUUGAACAGAAUGAUACAACUUUCGACCUGCCACCAUUAGAUGAACUAAAUGAUGUGGCUUUGAAGGUGUUACCGUUCCACGAACAGUGUGAUGUGAUAUCAGAAGUGCAAUCUUUACAUGAAGAAAAUAAUAACACGUUAGAACCGUUACCUCUAAGUAAUCUAGAAAGUGAACCAGAACAACACGAAGACCAGUUGGAAGCGGACUACCCUUGUGAUGACGAGUGGUCUAAGCAGGUCGAUGCCUUGUUGGAAACCGCUUCUGAUUCCAGUUUGGGGGAGGACCAAGCACUGCCGAAGGAAGUCCAAGCCAUGGAGGAUUUAAAGGAAGAAGUUUCUUCAGAUGAGGGCGCAGAAGAGGCGUUGCCCAUGAGCACCGCGGAAACGCAGUCUACCUUGCCAGCGUCUUUGGAAAUCCCACUUAAUGAAGAUCAUAGUCCCGACGGAGUUAAAAAGGCACCGGAAUUUCUCCGCAAAUCCAGCGAUGCAGUGCUGUAUUCCCCGAGUCAAGAAGUACUGCUCAGUAUAGUAGAGGAGCCCGCGGAUUAUAUGAUAAACAGUUCCUCGGAUUCUGAGGAUCACUUUGAAGAAUGCGGGAAGCCUUCACCGGAGGAGGAACUAAAAGAAGAUGCGUGGGUGAUGGAAGAAACCAGAUCAAAUGUCAAAGAUGAAGUAUUAUCCCCGACGGAUGAGAAGUCUGACACAAUUUCUUUGGAUACAAAAGUUUCACAUAAUUCCACUGACUGGGCAAUUAAUACUGUGCUGGAUGCAAAUGGAAACUUGGAACCUGUUGACUUGAAAGAAGAGUCACAAGAAGAUGAAGUUGAUAACAUUCAGAAGCUGCCAGAUCUUGCUGACUCUGUCUCUGAGAUGAUUAGCCGAGAGAACUGGUGUCCUACUCCCGCGCUGGUCCAAGCAAAGCAGAGUCCCGACACAGCUGAAUGUGGCCAGUUAUCUAACGCAUCAUUGGCUGAUGAGUGCAGUUCAUCGAUGCCCGUGGCUGAUGAACCCCUCUGUCACUCCGAUGGACAAGUCAGUAGCAGGACUGUGGAGACGGAGGAUCUGCUCACAAAGGUAGAGGAUGAUCAGAAUGUGGUGUACGAAAUUGGUGGAGUGACGACAAGCAGCUCAACUGUCGGGGACCCUGAAGCCUCGGAGACCCUGGAAGGUGGCGUUUUCCUGCUGCCCACCACUGCCUUUGAAGUGCAAGAGCCAAGCCCGCAGCAGAGCCCCACCAGCACUGACGAGAUGGGUGGCAGCGUGCCGUCUGGGCAGCGGGACGGCUGCCCCGUGGUCUGCGAGGCGGAGGAGGAGAAGGACAGCAUGGCCGAAGUGCCCACUCGCGGCCCCACCUUCAGGCCGUCCAUCAGGUCGCUGUCGCCCUUCCGGAGGCACAGCUGGGGCCCUGGGAAAAACACAGGCAGCGAAACCGAGAUCAACCAGCGAAGUUCUGUGGGAAUGCUUGGUGAAGUCAUAAAGCGGCUGCCAAUUCAUAGAAGAAGUUACAGCCUGGAAGGACUGACGGGCAACAGCAGCGAGGUGACCAAGGAGCCGUCACACACCAUGGAGUCGGUUCUGCAGAGUACCCGGGACCCUCGGCGUACUCCAGUGGUCGGCACCGAUGAGCGCGGCUCGCUCGUCUCGCUGACCGAGGAAGAGAUGGAGUCGGACCACAGCGAGGGCAGCGUGUUUGAUAACUCGAAUUUGCCCAGGACUCAGCUGCAUUCUGUUCCUCCAUUAACGAAAUCCCUCUCGCUACAAGCCAUCAGUGUUCCAAGCACAGACAAACCCGGAAGGACCAAGCCCAGGAAGAGAAUCUCCUUUUCCUGGAAUAUUUCUCCACUCCUUCCUAAGCCUAAAACUCUCUUUUCUCUUGGUUCCUCAAGUGAUGAUGAGUCAGAUAAUUUAAGACCGUCCACCAGUAAUUCUCUUGGCCAGAGCAUCUCAGAGGAGGGUAAUAGCCAGGUGCCACCGAGUCCGACACGAAAAGAUUCGGAAGGAAAAAGCAGCACCAAAGUGUAUCGGACGUUCAGCUACAUUAAGAACAAAAUGUCAAGUGGAAAACACAAGAACAAGGAGAAGGAGAAAACAAAAGAGAAGGACAAGAAAUCGACAAAUGGCCAUGCAUUCACUGCCAUCUUAGCAUAUGGCCCACCCCAAUGUCACCAGUGUAACAAGAAUAUAACCACCCGCGAGGCAUAUCUCUGUAACAAUUGCAACGUGCAAGUUCACAAGGAUUGCAGGGAGAGUCUCAUAGCCUGCAGUAAGAUUAAACAGAAGCAACAAAAAACACCUCAGGCCCAAGAUUCAUUGACGUUACCCAAUGCUGUCAUCAUGAGAAAUAAACCAAUGCAAGCGAGAGAACGUCCAAGAUCAGCAGUAAUCAUUCCAGAUGACAACUUGUUGAUAGCUCCUAAUCGGAAGAUGCCUCUCUAUCGAUCACUUUCCAAGAGUAUGUCAAUAGCCAACAUCGCAGGACCUACGAUUGAUGAAUCCUCCCUCGUUUCUUUGCGAGUUUUAUCUCAAUCGACCGACUCUCUGGACCACAUAAAACCAGCAAGAGAAUCACUGGAGUCCCUGACGGAUGAAGACUCCGCACUUGUGUUCCACAUCCCCACAGGUACUGAUGUCAUGGACGGACAGCUGAUGGGCGAGUUUGAGUUGGAGGCCAAGGAGCUGGAAGCGGACUCCUGGAGCCUGGUGGUGGACAACAGGUUUGUGCGGCAACAGAAGAAAGAUGUAAUCAAACGACAGGACGUCAUCUAUGAGUUGAUGCAGACAGAAAUGCACCACUUCCGGACGUUGAAGAUCAUGUCUGACGUCUACAGCAAGGGGAUGUCCAAGGAGCUGCAGUUUGAGACCUCCACGGUGGACCGCAUCUUCCCCAGCCUGGAGGAUCUCAUCGACAUUCACACUCAGUUCUUCACUCGCAUUCUGGAGAGAAAGAAAGAGUCCCUGGUGGAAAACAGUGACCAUAGUUUCAUCAUUAAACAGAUCGGGGAUAUUUUGGUGAAUCAGUUCUCGGGAUCCAGCGCCGAGCGAUUGAAGAAGACCUAUGGGAAGUUCUGCGGCCAGCACAACGAGGCGGUGAACUUCUACAAGGAGCUGCUGGCGCGGGAGAAGAAGUUCCAGGCUUUUGUCCGGAAAAAAAUGUCUAGUUCCAUAGUUCGAAGAUUAGGGAUCCAGGAAUGUAUAUUACUGGUUACCCAAAGGAUUACCAAGUAUCCGGUGAUUGUCCAGAGAAUCAUCCAUCUUACCAAAGAAAACGAAGAUGAUUACGCUGACCUCACCAAGGCGCUGGUGAUGAUUAAAGAGGUGGUUGCAGCUGUGGACCACAAAGUGAAUGAAUGUGAGAAGAAGACGAGGCUGCAGGAGAUUCACAGCAGGACCGAGACCAAAGCCAUCAUGAGACUGAAGAGUGGCCAGAUGUUCGCAAAGGAAGACUUGAUACGGAGAAAGCUGGUGCAUGAUGGACCUGUCACGCUGAAAACAGCGGCAGGAAGACUAAAGGAGGUCCACGCUAUUCUGCUGUCCGACAUGCUUGUGUUUCUUCAAGAGAAGGACCAGAAGUAUACUUUUGCUUCGUUGGACCAGAAGUCGACGGUGGUGCCGCUGCAGAAGCUGAUUGUGCGGGAGGUGGCGCACGAGGAGAAGGGCUUGUUCCUCAUCAGUGCCGCAGCCCAGGAGCCGGAGAUGUACGAGGUGCGAGCAAGCUCCAAAGAGGAGAGGACCAACUGGAUGCAGAUGAUUCAACAGACAGCCGACACCAUGGUUCAGGAUGAAGAUGAGGGAAUUCCGAGUGAGUCGGAGGAAGACAGGCGGCAACUGGAGAGCAGAGCCAAAGAGCUGAAAGAAAAGCUGCAGGAAAGAGACCAACAAAUCCUCUUGUUGCUGGAAGAAAAGCUGAGGCUGUACAAGGAAAUGGUAGAAUCGAGCGGCCAUGAAGAGGCAUCUCAGAGCUUGAUUACAAGGUCUUUGUUCAGAGCUAAUUCAGAGGAAGCCCCGAAAGGCGAGUCGCUGAUCAAGGAUGCAAUGAAGGAAGUGGAGAUCCUACAGAACCUGCUGUCGCAGAGCUUUGGAGGUGCCCUUGGACAACAGGCAGCUGGUACCCCAGAGCAGGAGGGAGCCAUGGGCCACAUCUCUCUGCCCAGGAGAGCGGAGACAUUUGGAGGCUUUGACAGCCAUCAGAUGAAUGCCGUGAAAGGUGGAGAGAGGGAUGAAGUGGAAGAUGCGCAAGACCUCCGCAGAACAGAGUCAGACAGUGUUUUAAAGAAGGGGCUGACGGCGAAUCUGCUGCCAAUCAGAAAGAACGAGCAUGUGCUUCAGAAGGUGCUGAACCUCCAGCAAUUGCUGCUUGGGUUACAGGCAGUGGUGGUGCAACAGGACUCGUUCAUCGAGGACCAGAAGCAGGCCCUGAGCGAGCGGCUGGUGCGGUCGCAGGCCCGGCCCAACACGCUGGUCGAGCAGGAGAAGCAGCGCAGCCUGGAGAAGAACCGGCAGGAGCUGGCCAACCUGCGUCGGCAGCUGGAGGAGCGGCGGCGCUGGGAGAAGGAGUGCGAGAGCCGGGAGAGGGAGCUGAACGAGCGGGAGGCCGGGGCGGCCCUGCGGGAUGACGAGACCGCCAGGCAGCGGGCCGAGGUGGAGAAGCAUCGCGAGGAGCUGCGGAUGAAGAAGGAUGAGUACCAGCAGGACCUGGAGAGGCUGCGGACCACCCAGAGGCAGCUGGAGAAGGAGCGGGAGCUGCUGAAACGCAGGGAGGAGCAGCUCACCCACCAAAGACAAGAAGACCUCUUGCACUCUGACUCCCUCAGCUCACAGGCUUCAGACCGAGACUCGGCAACGCAAGCAGACGAGGGCUCGCCGAGCACGACGAAACACCCCAGUUGCAACUCGUUAAACCAGGAGCCCGCGGACGCACACCUCACCAAGAGGGGCUCGUCGGAGAACUUCCCCGACCCCCCCUGCACAGACACCACACAGGCCUCCUCCAAGAAACCCACCAAUCAACCAAGUGGCACUAACCAGACUAACAACCCCAUCCCCCCACGGUUACUCAAGCUAGCCAAGCCGAAGGAGAAGAAGUCCAAGCACCGCAAGAACAAGGGGCAGAGGUCUGGGAACCUGCCAUCGGAGUAUGGACCUGAUGUCCUCCCAGCAACAGGCAACCCGAAGUUCCACCAAGCAGGCUCGGACACGAAGCGUCCUGCAACUGAGCUACUGGGCAGCGAAGAGGUUUUCUACUGUUGAGCUAUCCUGCACUAGGACGGGACUGGCACCUCGGGUGUUUGGGGAGGCAGUGGGAGGAGAGAGAGAGAGAGAGAGAGGAGACCGGCAUUGCUGCAAUGCCUCUGUGUGGGUGUCUUCAGUUGGUCCAACCUGAUACCGCCAUGUCUUCCUCCACUUCUAGUUGUGAAGGUUUUGCUCCAAGUGCAGGCAGAACCUAUCAAUAUAUAUAUAGUUGGUGCAAUGACCUCUCUGCACAACAAAAGAAUCGAUUGGGAAAGCACUGACCCAGGGCACUAAAAAAGAAAAGUGAAGUCUGCGGGCGAAGAUUUAAUGUCCCGACUGCCGUUGGGUGCGGAUGGAGAUAAAAUUCAAUCGGGAAGUGAAAUGUUUCCACUGUUUUCCGUUCUGUUAAGUUCGAACAUUGGAACUGUAACAAAGCAAGAGGCUGCGGAUCCCUCUCAGUUGUGUCAGGAGAGAAGAGCCCGAGUUUGAGGUACCUCCGUCACUGGACUUAUCCGAGGAGGUGGAUUCAGAGUAUGACAUUUGACUGGUUUGAUUUAAGCUUUUGAUGUCUCCCGCAGCGAAAAAUCACAGAAGAUCCAUGUAACAAACUUGGUGAACAGCGCCUUGGUCAACAACCCCUCAUGAAAGGACUUUCACCACCAGAUCUCGACGUACUCUCUCCUGGCACAAACUGUGAGGAAUGGCAGUGCCUCUGUGCUAAUUGACCUAUAGUCCAGUGAGAAUGCUCCACUCCCCCCCCGUUCACUGAAGCUUCAUCCACACACUGUGGGCAUUGGUGGAGAGAGAGCUCCUGAUGCUUUUAAAUCUACCCGACCAAAAUGAUCUGACCAUCUGGAAAAUAAGGGUGGCUAAAAUCGGUCAAGCUGCAGAGGCCAGAGAGUGAAGUACCGGCCAAAUAUCUUUCUUAUCAUUUCCGGUGUUGCUGGGAAGAAAAAUCUCUCUCCAACUCACCAUGGGGUUAUAAAUGUAAAUAGCAUAGCCGUGUGUGCAAUGGCUUUUAGUGGAAGUGCGAUUCUCCCUUUCGAGGGGGACAAUGGUUCUGAGGUUUGGUCUUCCCCCUCCCAAAAUGUUAAUAUUUUUAAAAAAUUGAGGGGGGAAAAACAACGUCAAAUAUUAGUGUAAAAUUAAAUCCUGAAUGUAUAAUGUUUUUAAAAAGCAAAAAUUGUACAGUUGCAAGGGUGGAAUGUGUCCACAAAGGUUUAUACUUGAUUUCUUUUACUUUUAUAUCCAUUCUAUUAGAAUGCUGAUUGGGAUAUUUUAAUUGCCUUCGUUUGGAUCAUCUCAAUUCCGAAAAAUGUACAGCAUCGUCUUUGUCUGGACUGCUUAUAAUUUGAGGGGAGGGUUAGACCAAGGUGUAGCGUGUCAGGUACAGGUCUGUCUUGUCUGGAGCCUGGCUUUAAAUCCAACCCAGACUGACGGGGGUCAGGAUGUCCAGUCCACUUAACGGGGUCCUGUGUGGAAUGUGCUUCAUCAACUACAGAGUAUAAAGUUACCUGUGACUUGGCAUUAAAUGGGGGAAGUCUCACUCACUCACGCACACUGUUGAUAACUGAUCUGGGGCAAAUGGAGAGGUGCCGCAUUGGGAGCUUUGACCAGGAGGCCUAGCUCUUUGUGCAGUCAUUCCCGUGCAUCCUUGAGACUUGGUCAGGCACCUGUCAGGGCUCCAUCCCACAGCAUCGUGUGGGGCAAAGGCUCGCUGUUACCACUGAUCACCUUCACAUUCUCUAAGGCACCUCAUGAAGGAGCACUGGAUGCUUUCUUGAGUACUGCGUAGGAAGGAACUGCAGAUGCUGGUUUGCACCAAAGUGCUGGAGUUACUCAGCAGGUCAGGCAGCAUCUCGGGAGGAAAGGUAUCGGUGACCUUUCGGGUCAGAUUG